UCAAAAGUAAACAACUAUGGGGGAAGAGUUGGAAAAUCAUCUUACAAAUACAAUUCUCAAACUCGAAGAAAUAGACGUCAACUUGUAUAGGGGCUCUAAUUUAUGGAAGCCAGUGCGGUCGCGGGCAGUGUUUGGAGGGCAGGUGGUGGGUCAGGCUCUGGUGGCUGCCUCAAAAACUGUUGCUGAUCAUCUUCAUGUCCACAGUCUACACACAUAUUUUAUCAGACCUGGAGACAACACGUUGCCUAUACUGUACCAUGUGGACCGCCUGCGUGACGGCAACAGUUUUAGCACAAGAUCAGUGAAGGCCACACAGAAUGGGAAUACCAUUAUUACCAUGCAGGUGUCAUACCACAAGGAGGAGGAAGGGGUUCUUAGCCAUCAGUAUACCAUGCCACAUGCCCCACCCCCUGACAAACUGCGGACUACUGAGGAGUGCCUGAGAACUUUUCUACAAGACACCAGAACCUCAAAGCAAUCCAAAGCUACCAUCCAGAAGGUUCUGGCUGAUGAGAUUCCCAUCGAGGUGAAACCAGUCGACCCUCUGCUGUUCUUUAGUAGGAAGCGUCACUCUGAUGUCCAUACAUCUACGUAUAAUCAAGGAGUUAUAACUCCUUGGUAUAAUCUUGUGGUGAAUAUUGUUGUUGUGGCUGAUAUUUCAAGGGGCUCUAAUUUAUGGAAGCCAGUGAGGUCGCGGGCAGUGUUUGGAGGGCAAGUGGUGGGUCAGGCUCUGGUAGCUGCCUCAAAAACCGUUGCUGAUCAUCUCCAUGUCCACAGUCUACACACAUAUUUUAUUAGACCUGGAGACAACACGUUGCCUAUACUGUACCAUGUGGAUUGUCUGCGUGAUGGCAACAGUUUCAGCACCAGAUCAGUGAAGGCCACACAGAAUGGGAAUACUAUUAUUACCAUGCAGGUGAGUGAAGGAUAG